UACAUUUAGUAUGCCAUCGAACGUCAAUCAGAGAGCGCGAUUAAAUUGAAGUGGGUUGGACGGGGCAUAUCGUAAGCAUAUCAUACGCUAAGCACCGAAGAAAGGGCGACUUUUAUCUGAACUGUUAUGAUUUCUUAAGUUGCUAACAUUAAUUAUCAGCAAAAAGUAAUAACUCGGCAACAAAUCUGUCAAAAGCAAAAUUUUUCAAUCGAUAUGAAAAAAGUGUAUUGGUCUUAGUUAUCAUUGUGCCUGAAUAACAAUUAAAAUUAGUGAAUUAUAUCGAGUGGAUGGUUUUAAUGAUGAUAAAAAGGUGCAAUAAAUAUGUAAAUUUCCUAAGAUGACUUUAACACUUUGGUCAUGAUUACGCCCGGAUUAUUAUGUUUACGUCCUUGUCAUAUGUUAGACUUAACUAUCUCAGCUUCUGCUCCAAUGUGAGUUAUGUGUAUUUAUAUUGUGCUAAAACUGAAGGAACCUACGGCAAAUGAUUAUUUGUAAAGCAGAAUGCUCUCGGAGUUACGUAUCUUACCUGGACCAACCGAAUGGUAGUUACUCACAAUCCACUCAGUAACAUCUAUGAAUUUUUUCCUACUUGAUUCACUUCCAUGCGGCUUAAUAUCGCUUAUCAAUUUAGCACCAAGCACACAUUUCGCUACGAUUGCACUAACUACGUGAAGUGUCGGCUCGUGAAACAAUAAAUUUAUCAUUGCUUAGCUCAAAUCAAUUCAGCUAGGGCUGUGAUGAAGUCUUCAGUGAAAUAGUAAGUGGUCGGCAAACAGUCUGAGUUUGAAACUGAUGCAGCUGCAACCUCACUAAUUACUGCGAGUAACUGACUAUUAGGGAAAAGAGCAAUAAAAACAUAUCUAUUUGAAAUUGCAAUACCACCGAGCAUACAUACCCGUCCGCACUUUGGCAAGAACACAUACAAACACUAUUAUGUAUAUAGAAACAGUAUAAAAAGAGGAAUUCUUGAUUAAAAUAGUGUUUGUUGAAUAUAACCACAACAGUAUCAACAGCAUAGCUAAGAAGAGGGUCUAAACAAGGCCGAAAUGACUACUAUCGAAACAGAUUUGCGGCCGACUAGGUUCACCGGAAGUGAAUAUUCAGUUGGACCGGGCACGGAUACAAUAAAAGUUGAAGAGAUCAAAGUUUACAAACGUCGUUGGGUCGUGUUGUUCCUAUUUGUGUUUUAUUCGGGCUCAAAUGCGGCACAAUGGAUCCAAUACAGUAUUAUCAACAAUAUUAUUGUGAAAUAUUAUGGCAUCAAUGACAAAUGGGUGGAUUGGACAUCAAUGGUAUACAUGAUUGUCUACAUACCGCUAAUUUUUCCGGGCAGUUGGUUCCUGGAUAAAAUGGGCUUACGCAUUACAGCGCUGGUGGGCAUCGUAGGCACAUGUAUGGGCUCAUGGAUUAAAGUCUUCUCUGUGCAACCGGAUCUCUUUUAUGUAACAUUUAUUGGUCAAACGAUUGUGGCUUUGUCCCAGGUCUGCGUUUUGUCGUUGCCGGCGCAAAUCGCCGCCGUUUGGUUUGGGCCGCAUCAGGUAUCAUCGGCCUGUAGUGUCGGAGUAUUUGGCAACCAGCUUGGCAUAGCCGUUGGUUUCGUGUUGCCUCCAAUUUUAGUACAAAACUCUGAUGAUCUAGAAGUGAUUGGCAGUGAUUUACUAUUUAUGUUUUACUGCUUCGCAGGCUUUACGACCAUUUUAAUGGUGUUGAUGAUACUUUUAUUUAAGGAUAAACCACCAACGCCGCCAAACCCAAAGCGUUCAUCCACAGCUCCAUCUGGAGGAGCUUCUGAAGUACCGUUCAUGCAAUCAUUGAAGAGGUUGGUGAUCAAUCGUAACUAUAUUCUACUUUUGAUAUCGUAUGGCAUGAAUGUUGGUGUUUUUUAUGCGAUAUCAACUCUACUGAAUCCGGUUGUACUGAAAUAUUAUCCUGGCCAUGAGGUUGACACUGGCCGCAUUGGCUUGUCUAUUGUGCUGGCGGGCAUGAUAGGAUCUGUUGCUAGCGGUGUUGUACUGGACCAGAUGCGAAAAUUUAAGGAAACCACAUUGGCUGUCUAUGCCUUUUCAAUGGUUGGCAUGUGGAUAUUUACAUUUACGUUGGAUACGGGGCAUAUUGCUGUGGUUUACGUGACGGCUGCGCUUUUGGGUUUCUUUAUGACUGGUUAUUUGCCAGUGGGCUUUGAAUUUGCCGCUGAACUGACAUAUCCUGAACCAGAGGGCACCUCUUCGGGACUUCUCAACGCAGCCGCCCAAGUUUUUGGUAUUGGAUUCACAUCCAUGUACUCAGAAGUAUUUUACACUUAUGGGGACAUUCCAGCUGAUGUGAUCAUGUCCAUUAUGUUGGUACUGGGCACAUUGAUUACAGGGUUCAUUAAACCAGAUCUGCGAAGGCAAAAAGCAAAUAAAGAGAAUGCACGGCCUGCGCUCACCGUUUCUGGCGGAUCGAAGCAGUCCCCAAACGUGGCAGUCAUCACAUCUGGCAAAAUGGAUGGAGUUAACCUAUAGGAACGUAUUGAUUUCGUUUAAGCAUUGCAAACUUUAGCCGUUUUUUCUUUAAAGUUUUAAAGCUUUACACCUAUUCGCAUUUUAAAGGAAUAACAAUGUUUUAUAGGUGUGAGAAGAUUGCAGCGCUUAAGCGGAAUCAAAGCUAUGCACUGCAUAGCUCAGGUGAUAAAAAAUAGUUAUUAUGUUUAUUUUAAUGUAUAUAUACAUAAAAUAUUAGGUUGAAUUCUCUAAUCGACGGUGUUGGGCGACAGCUAAACUGCCUACUGGCAAUGCCUCGUCCUUGUUAUCACAUGGAAGUAACUAUUUCUAAUAAUGUUAUGUACAGUUUUGUGUAAAUAAGUAAGCACAUGUUAAAAAGUGUAUAAUAUAUAUUUAUAAAUUUUAAGUGCAAGUUAUUAAUUUAGUUUUAAAGAAAACAUACAAGUUUUAAAAACAUAUAUUAGCAGCAACAGAAAUACAAAAUAAGCUAAAGCAGUGUUUUUUGAAAACAUUAAUAAAAAUAUAUAUGUAUACACAAAAUGUAAAAUAAGAAGUAUAAGACUAUUGUUGUUGACGUAGAGAUUUAAUUAAUAACUAUACAUAUAUUCAUAGGUGCAUAUACAUACAUAGAAAUUAUUGUUAUUUGCAAUUAUAAACAAUAAUAAACACCACCAAGUGUCAAUAUUUAGAUAAACAAAAAAUAAAAGUU